GUGGUUAAUCUGUCAUGGAAAUCAAAGUACACAGUCUGCCCACUGAGUUGUGGGUUUAUACUAGCGGACACCACAACAGCGACAGGCACAUGUCUGCUUGCACCAUUGCUGAAAGGGCUGUGAUAUUGGCAAACUCUUCAAAUCAACAGAGAGGGUGCACACUGUGCAGAGAUGGCCAUGGUAUGCCUGAAUGACUUUGAGGAGUAUGCCAAAGAGCACCUGUCCAAGGCUGUCUGGGACUAUUAUGCUGCUGGGGCAGAUGAGUGCUGUACUCGGGACGACAACUUGAUGGCGUUCAAACGAAUCCGCCUACGGCCUCGGAUUCUGCGUGAUGUGUCGGCAUGCGACACCCGGACUACAGUGCAGGGCACCGAGAUCAGUUUCCCUGUGGGAAUAGCACCUACUGCCUUCCACUGCCUGGCCUGGCAUGAGGGUGAGACAGCCACUGCCAGAGCCACGGAGGCAGUGAAUACCUGCUACAUCGCCAGCACAUACUCCACCUGCUCUGUGGAGGAGAUUGCAGCAGCAGCACCGGCAGGCUACCGCUGGUUCCAACUCUACGUGUACCGCAACCGCAAGGUGUCAGAGCAGAUCGUGCACCGCGUGGAGUCUCUGGGCUACCAGGCUCUGGUGCUCACUGUGGACGUACCGUACACUGGCAAACGCCGUGACGACAUCCGCAACCAAUUCAAGCUCCCACCACACCUGCGUGUCAAGAACUUCGAUGGUGUCUUUGAGGAAAACACCGAUCCUGAGGAAUACGGUGUGCCGGCCAACACACUGGACCCAUCCAUCACCUGGAAAGAGAUCUAUUGGCUGAGGUCACUGACACGUCUGCCCAUCAUCAUCAAGGGCAUCCUUACAAAGGAAGAUGCAGAGCUGGCUGUGGAGCACGGCGUUCAGGGUAUCAUAGUGUCCAACCACGGUGGACGGCAGUUGGAUGGUGACCCUGCCACAAUAGAUGCACUCUCAGAGAUCGUGGACGCGGUGCAGGGCAGAAUCGAGGUGUACUUGGACGGAGGCAUCCGCACAGGCAGUGAUGUGCUGAAGGCCUUGGCUCUUGGAGCUAAAUGUGUCUUCAUUGGCCGACCAGCUGUGUGGGGUUUGGCAUACAAGGGUGAGGACGGGGUGAAGGAGGUCUUGCAGAUCCUUAAUGACGAGUUCCGGCUGUGCAUGGCUCUUGCUGGAUUGUAGGUAAUCCUUUCCGAAGCUCGGUCUCAGUCGGCAUGCCUCAAUUGUAUAUUCAAAACUUAGUAGAAAAGCUCCACCCGAAUAAGGGUGUAGCAGUGCGGAUGAUGAAACUGUUUAAUGACAAUGCAAUGUCUAAAAGAAGUUAAAGCAGCUGUCAUUGGAUAGGUUCCUUGUUAAAGUUGCACAAAAAGAAAAAUAUUCCAAUGAGCCAACAGAUUGCAGUCAUUCCGUUUAGUUAAGAACAUAAGAACUAUACAUUCAGCCCAUCAAGCUCGCUUGGGGAGAACUAAACUAAUAGCUCAGAGUCGUUAAAAUCUUAUCUAGCUCUGAUUUAAAGGAACCCAAGGAUUCAGCUUGCACUACAUUAUCAGGAAGGCUAUUCCAUACUCUGACUACACGCUGUGUAAAGAAGUGCUUCCUUAAAUCCAGCUUGAAAUGUUCUGCCGCUAAUUUCCACCUAUGGCCACGAGGUCAUGUAUUUAAACUAAUGCUGAAGUAACUAUUUGGUUGAACAGCAUCCAAACCUGUUAGAAUCUUAUAUACCUGGAUCAUGUCCCCCCCCAGUCUCCUUUGCUUGAGACUGAACAGAUUUAGCUCAAGUAACCGUUCCUCGUAUGACAUUCCUCUAAGGCCAGGAAUCAUUUUUGUGGCCCUACGCUGCAAGGCCACAAUGUCCUUUUUAAAAUAUGGUGACCAAACCUGCACACAAUAUUCUAGGUGAGGUCUCACCAAGGAAUUGUAUAAUCUUAGCAUUACCUCCCUUGAUUUAAACUCCACACACCUGGAGAUAUACCCCAACAUCCUAUUGGCCUUUUUUAUUGCUUCCCCACACUGGCGAGAAUGGGACAUGGAAGCAUCAACAUACACACCAAGGUCUUUCUCAUGAUCAGCUACCUUUAUUUCAGUGACACCCAUGAAAUACCUGUACUUUAUAUUUCUGCUCCCUAGAUGGAGUACCUUACAUUUAUUGACGUUAAAUUUAAUCUGCCAGGUAUCGGCCCAGUCACUAAUUAAAUCGAGAUCCCGCUGUAGCUGCUGAGCUGCUAAUUCAGUAUCUGCUACACCACCCACCUUGGUGUCAUCUGCAAAUUUCAUCAGUUUACUGUAUAUAUUGGUAUCCAUAUCAUUUGUGCCGGUUAAUUUGUUUUAUGUAUUUUUACUUUAUAUUUCAUAUGAAUUAAUUUUAUAUGAAUAUUUUUGGGUUGUGGAACGAAUCAUCAGAGUUUCCAUUAUUUUUAAUAAGAAAAUUCGCUUUGAUAUACGAGUGCUUUGGAUUAUGAGCAUGUUUCUGGAACGAAUUAUGCUCGCAGUCCGAGGUUUUACAGUAAAUCAUUUCUAAAUGUCUUGUUUUUAAAUGUUUUAAAAUGCGAUAUAUAUAUCGUUACAUCCCUAUUGGAUAGUGAUAAGGUUGACCCCUCAGUCUGAAUUAUUGCCCCUCUCUUGCCCUCCUUAAAAAUCCCUGGAUUCACUCCUGUGGGUAAGCACUUCAAAGAUAUAUGGAUGAAUAGAUUAUUAACCUAAUGUAGUUACAAUGCUAUACCACUUAAUUACAUGAGUUCAGCACUGGUAUAUUUAAAUGUACUUUAUUUCUUUGAUUUUGUGCAUCUAAAUAUUAUCUGAACUUAAAUGAAUAUUGACUUAUUGUAACGGUCCCUUGAGUGACAAUAAUCAGCAGAAUAAAUUUGUAAAAUAUAAAACUGAAGUUAUACUGGGCAAAGAAACAAAUGAAGAAUGAAAAUCGUGGACUUCAUCCCUUGGGACCAUGACGCUUCACCAUCAGAGAUGAGCUCAUAAUCAAGCUCUGGGACAUUUUAACAGAAGCCCCAGCCUAGCAUGGUCUCCAUGAUCGAUCAUCAUGUGACCCUGAUGUCACUCACGGAUUGCUGUGCUCAUGUCACAAUUCUGCUCUUGUAUUAAAUAGGUUGCAGGAACGUCUCUGAAAUUAGCAGGAACCUCAUUCAGUUCUCGAAACUCUGACCUGACAGCAGAGGGAUCGACAGGGCAAGUCAUGCCAACUUUUAUACACAUCCAGAAAUUCAUAUAUUGUCAUCCAGGACUUUAAAGUAGUAAUGUUCAAAGUAAUAUUCAAGGCUAUCAGAAGAAUGGCCAUCACAUGAUGUAAAGCAUGCAUGAUUUAGGCCUGUUGUAUCUACAUAUAACUGUCAUCAUGAGUCUUUCCAUUAAAUCAAAUUAUUCUGUAAAAAAUUGUUACUUUUUACUUGAAUCAUAAAAAGGCAGACUGUGUGAUAAUCAUUUGAUUUCUUAAUAUUGACAGGCCUUCCAGUAUAGUAUCAGCAAGUGAGGGUAAUGGCACUAUAGCAGGAUGUAGCUGGGGGUACAGGGAGUGGUAUGUGUAGGUGGUCUGAAAGCAAGGGGUGGAGGGUGGGGUGGUCCUCACCAUGAGAAUAUCUCUAGAUGGUCUGAAAAUGUGAAAAAGCCAGUUGAUUUGAAAGCAACAAGAGCAACGAGUAUGAUGAAGGACUUUACCAUACUGGCAGUACUACAGCAGCAUUCCUGGGUUGAUUUUGAACCCUUAUGGUAAAAAAAAAAAAUUGGCUGAAGGGUGUGACAGAAACCUUGUUUCAUCUCUGGGAAUCACCAACAACCAAGCUGCACACGGCGCAACUAAACUGGACCUAAAAAUGUCAUCCCAUUUUAACCAAUUAAAGGAGAUAUUUAAGAACUAAA